AUGGCCGAACAGCGUGCUGAACCCCUCCGCCUCGGCAGCAUUGCCCCCAACUUCCAGGCCGAGACGACAAAGGGCCCCAUUGACUUCCACGAGUUCAUUGGCGACAACUGGGUCGUGCUCUUCUCCCACCCCGAGGACUACACGCCCGUCUGCACCACCGAGCUGGGCGCCUUUGCGAAGCUCGAGCCCGAGUUCACCAAGCGCGGCGUCAAGCUCAUCGGCCUCUCCGCCAACACCAUUGACAGCCACGAGGGCUGGAUCAAGGACAUUAAUGAGGUCUCGGGCGCCACCCUGACCUUCCCCAUCAUUGGAGACAAGGAGAGGAAGGUCGCCUAUCUGUACGACAUGCUGGACUACCAGGACACGACCAACGUCGACUCCAAGGGCAUCGCCUUCACCAUCCGCUCCGUCUUCAUCAUCGACCCCAAGAAGACGAUCCGCCUCAUCAUGUCGUACCCGGCCUCGACCGGCCGCAACAGCGCCGAGGUGCUGCGCGUCAUCGACUCGCUCCAGACGGGCGACAAGCACCGGAUAACCACGCCCAUCAACUGGGUGCCGGGAGACGAUGUCAUUGUGCACCCCAGCGUCAAGAACGAAGAGGCCAAGACGCUCUUUCCCGAAUUCAGAAUUGUCAAGCCCUACCUCCGCUUCACGCCCCUCCCCAAGGAGAAGACGAGCGCUGCUGUAUAA